UCGCGCCGACUGCGCAUGCUCGCUAUCACUUGAGCCGCCAUGGGAGUUUGACAAGGCCUCUCCAAAGGACAUCUCCCCGCCAUGGAGGCCCAGUGUUCCCAGCUGCUGCCGGCCGUCUGCACGGUCCUGGCCGACCCUGGCUGCCCUCUUUCGGACGACACCUCCUUGGAGAAGCUGCUGGACUGGUUCCAGGCCUUGACCCGCACAGGCUCCAGCCUCCUGCUCUUAGAGGAGAAUCCAUGCUUGACUGAGAUGAUCCUUGCGGUGCUUCGGCAAGAGGAGCCCAGCCCCAACAUCCUUUCCUUCGUCCUGCGACUGACGGGGAUCCUUGCUGCCUCUGAAACCAGCUUCCAGCACCUGCAGCAGGGGGAAGUGGUCUUUGGGGCCUUUGGAGAAGCGGGAGCUCUUGGCAGUCCCUUGUGGGAGGACAUGACCAUCCGGAGCGGCUGGGUCACGGGCGUCUACACCAUGCUGCAGCACUACAGCGCCUUCCAGUUCCUCUGCAACUCAGGAGCCCUGGAUGUGAUCUUCACGCUUCAAGGAGACCGCAGUCUGUUUGUGGCUUCCGGAGCCAACCGGCUUCUUGCCCGUCUCCUCAUCUUCUCUGUCCAGUCUGAACCCUCUCGCCUGCUCUGCGCAAAGGACUGCGACUGGCCGGCUUGCGCGCGAAUGAUCGCAGCACGCGCAGAGGAUUCGCUGAAAUCCCGCUCUGCUUCCCGCGUCACACAUUCCUUGAAGCUCUUGACAACACUGUUUGAACACAGCCAGGACCCAUGGACGGAAGUCCUCUGGUCACGGAUGGCAGAGACCGUGGGGUCCCUUUUGACGGAGGAGCCUGUCCAAGCUGGGCACUCACUGGUGGAUCUCUUCCUCAGCAUGGCAAGGUCCCCUGCCUUUAGCAAUCCGGAGUGCAGCCUUUGGAAACUGGUGGCACUUGCUCUGAAGAACCUGAGCCCCACUCAGUCCGGCCCUCUGGCCUUAGGACUCCUGAAACUUGAAGCAUGCCCAGAGGCUAUUAAGAAGCAGGCGCUGAACACUCUUCUCCUGUCAAUGGACUGCAUCUCGAGAGCAGCUUCCUACUCCUUGGAAUUUCCAAGUUUGUGGGAUCGGCCUCCUCGCUGUACUGCCACCUCAGUGGAGCCCCUUCUCUCCUCCAGAGCAUCAUGCAUCAGCCUCCUGUGCCAGACCUUGGCUCACCUUGAGGAGAUCCAGGGCUUGUCUUCCACCCCAGUGGACGUUCCCCACAAGCCUUUGCUGCGCUCCUUGGUGACGGUGCUGCAGUUCUGUGUGGGCCUUGCUGUCCCUGUCUCUGCUGUGGGAGCCACGUUGGGCAAGACCCUGAUUGGUUGCUUCCGGGUUCAGCGGGCAGCCCUUGGGCUCCUUGCGGCACUCUCUCAGUGGGCAACCUCAGUUUGUGAUGAAGACAUCGACCAGGUCUUUGACAUCCUUCUUGUCUACUUGAAGAGUCCAGAUACCAGCCCUACUGUUCUGAAGAAGACCUUUCAGGCAACACUGAAGUGGGUUCUGAACACCUUGGAGCCACACGGAUCGACUGCUGACUUCCAACGGCAUCAGCAACUUUUCAGAGAUAUUUUUGCUGUGUUACAAAAACGCAUGUGCAGCCCCAGCUGGGAAGUGCGUGACUCGGCCUUGGAGUUCCUCACAUUGGUGAUGAAGGACUUGAAAGGGCAGCAGUGGUUCUGGGAAGCGCUGCUCUCGUGUGAGGUGCCAGCUCUUGCAGAGAGCCUCCUCGACGACCCGGAGAGCUACGUCCGAGCAAGUGCUGUGAAGGCCUUGGGGCAGUUUUCCCUCAUGGUCGCCGUUGACUCACAUGGCAGUGGGGAUUGCAAAGAGGCUGGUGGUGUUGGCGCUCGCUUGCUGCAAAUCUUGACCACGGACACCGAAGGCUUCCCUCGCAGAGCCGUGAUUGGCGUCUUCAUUGACUGGCUACGGGAGGGCCACCCGGACAUCUUAUCCGCCCCUGAGCCGUUCGUUUCCGACGUGAUGCAAGCCGUGAGCAGGGACUUGGACUGGGAAGUCAAGGUUUCCGGCCUGGAGCUGGCGGAGGCUUUUGCCGCCCAAACGUUUGCGCGGUUUGGGCUUGCCAAGUGUCCGUACACCACCGAUUGCUUGCCGUCCGGCAGCGUGCCUUCCCACCUUCCCGAACUGAUGCAGAUCUUCUCUAGAGUGAAGCUGUUUGAGUUCCUGUUCAGAGCCCUUCAGGACUGUGACCGGCCGGUUGCACUGAAAGCCUGCCGAGUCCUCCUUGCCGUGAAACCAAGGAUUUGUAAAGACAGCUGCACGGAACGGGAGAAGAGCUUAGAACAGAACGGGGGAGCUCGGCCCGAGGAAUUGCCCGGGGAUGCAUCUCCUUCUUCAUUGAUCCAUACCAUUGGGGAGUCUUGUGAGCAAUUUCUACGGGAUCCUGAGUCCCUACCCACAGUUUUAAAGUCAAUGGACCUGGAGGCCUUGGAAAGAUCUCUGGAUCUCAGUAGCGAUCACUUGGAGCAGAGCCCCCAGUCCCUCUUGCAGGACAUCCUCUCGGCCUCAGGGCACGUAGAAGAGAACGAAGCAGACUGCUACUGAUGUCCAAGCCGUGGCUCGGAGAUCUCCAGCUUGAAGGGCUGGCUGCUUUUCGGAACCUUGUUGCCUCUAUGGAGGGCUGCGUUCAAACAGCUUUCCUCUGUCCCCGAGAGGACAAAGGGCUACUUUGUAAAGAUGGACACUCCCAGUGAAGGCUUUCCUAGCAGAGUCGUCUCCAUGUGUCGGAAUCGCUUUGUGAAUCUCCUCUGAGAGGAGCUGAGUAACAUUCAUAAGAACAUUCGGAGACAAAUAGGACAUUCCCUCUGAAAAUCACAAA